GUUUUGGCGGCGAAGCGCGGGUGUGAAGGAGAGGGAAGGAAUGGCGGCGGGAGCGGCGGGGGGCAGGUGAAGAGUAAACGUUUGAAUAGAGGCGGCAGUACCGAAGAUGGAAUCAAAGUUCCUAGGAUCAUUGGAUGGCCGACUAUAUGGUAUCUCUCCGCCCGACAGUUUAGAGAAUGGCAAAAGGGAAAGGGCUGCCUUAUUUGGACUUGAAAUGAGGUUGAAUAAUUCAUUCGACUUGAGCAAAACAUUUCCUCGAAUAGUGAAACCUUCCUUCAGAAGUGGAGCUCCAGGCACCUGUAAUCUGGAUUCCUUUACAGGAGAAUCUCUGAACUCUUACAGUUACUCUUCUGUGGCUUCUCGAAACCUUUUCUUAACUGACCGAAGUGGCUCGUUUUCCCAAUGUGGUUCCCUCUCGUACUCCGGAUCAGCUUCCAAUAUAUCUAGCAACUUCUGGAAUCUUCUAGCAGGGGGCGAUGGUAAUUCCUCUCUGCCCUCCGCAGUCCGUAACCCUAACAAAGCCAUUCUUACAACAGACAGCUUGACUACAGAGAUACUGGUUGCCAAUGACAUGGCUUGUAAAUUGCUUGGUUACAGUAGCAAAGAAUUGAUUGGUCAGAAGUUAUCUCUGCUGGUUACAAAGUCUAAUCAUGGCCUGGAGGAGGCAUUGUAUGAAGAGUAUCCAGAAGUUGAUGGACAUGUUUCGACUAUCUCUGGGAAAGUGAUUGACAUCAUUGACAGUGAGGGAUCAGAGAUCCCAGUGUCGGUCUGGAUGAAACGUGUGACUGGAGAAGACAAGCAGCGCUGCAUUGUAGUGAUGGAACCUGUUGAGCGAGUGACUGCUUCGGUCACGUUCACAAACAGCGGAAAAAUUAUAUCCUGCGACUCAGCAUUUGCCCAUCUUCACGGUUACAUGGCUGAGGGUGACAUCAACGGUUUUUCAAUAACAGAUGUUAUUCCUUCCGUAAAGAUACCAUUACCUUGCAAGACAUUACCAAAGUACUUCAGGAUUCAGCGAGCUGCUGGCAGAGCAAAAGAUGGCACUACCUUCCCUCUCAGUAUUAAACUAAGCACUAAAAUCCUAGAAGAUCAAAGCACUAAAAAUCAGCAGGAUCUGCCACACAAACUGUGUUCUGCAGGUGAGGCUGAGGAAGACAAUGGCAGUCAGGUCAACUCAGUCAUGGUUUUCUCAGGAGUUGUGUGGGUUUUUACCACCAUCAGUGGACUGCUCACCCUCUUGCCAGAUGGAACGAUCCACAGUGUGAAUAACAACUUUGCUUUGAUGUUGUUUGGUUACGAGAAGAAUGAAUUACUGGGCAAGAAUGUUAUGUUUUUAAUUCCUGGAUUCUAUGACUACAUGGAUCCAGUCGACGACAGCUCCCUUCCACUGCCACCCUUGGACGAUGAAUCUGAUGAGAUAGAAUUGUGUCGCAACGAUGAGGAGAAUGAAGGAGGACAGCACAGUUACAUCGCAUUAUCAGAUAAUGCAGAGGAUGACCAACCUGCUACAGGUAACAUUAUUCCACUGACCAGUGACAUCGAGAUCCCUAACACACUCCCUGUAGUAUCUUCCACGAUGAAAAAAGAUCCAAGCCCACUGAUCGCAGGAGAUACGGCUUUUAUACAGGAGGCAAAAAGCCGAUGUGUUACUGGACAGAGCAUACCAAUCUUUACUGGAACCAGCUCGCGGCUGGAGAGUGACGGCAGCCUGCCUUCUACCAUGUCCUCUCCCCAAAUAACCUCCACUCCUUUCAGCAGGCCAGGGAGUAACAACACAAAUGAACUGAUUGCCCAGGUUCAGCAAGAUACUGACCAGAAGCGUGACCCUUCAUCAUUGCCUUCAGACAGUGAGGAUACACAUGAUCUUCUCAAGGUGACACCCAAUCUAUUUGAAACCAAACAGACCGAUGGACAUUCAUGUCGAUCGAAAGGUAGCAUUCCUGAGAAAAUUAAGGAAUCGCUUGUGUUAAAGGACUCACCACAGAAAUUGAACUCUGUUGUUUUAUGUGGGCACUGUCCAAAAGGAUAUCUGGUUUCAGAAUCAGAGGCAUUAAUCUGUGGUUGUCCUAAAGGAAUAGGCAGGUUAUCGGACUCCUCAGCUCUGAAAGAAAACCAUGACUCUAAUAUCUACUUGUCCAAUUUUGGUACUCCAGAUUAUAAUAAUGUCUGCAACUCGCCAGGGACUCCUACCCUUGAUGAAUUGUGGCCUGAAAAUAGACCGUGCACCUACAUCAACAAUGUGGAAACUUUAGAGAGGAACUUUAAUAAUGGAGAUCAAAUCUCUAACCGUGAUUCCCUUAUUGACAGUUGUAAUAUUAGAGAUCCACACAAAGAAGAAAUGUUGUACACCAGAAUAUCAUCCUUGCGUAACCACAAUCUGGCUUUGUCUAACAGCGAAGGACAGACCAGUGUCAGCAAGGGAUGUCAAGUGAUCAUUGUUCCAGAAGCACACAAUGCUCAGUUACAAUUGUCUACCAGACAAGACCUCAUUGAAACUGAUUCAAAGACUACAUUCGCAUCUGAGGUUGAUGUAAACCUGAUUCUUCGCAAUUUUGGUGAUCUAGAUCUCAGCAGUGACGGAGAACUAGUUUCUAUGAACCAGUCCAGCACGUCUUGUACCACCGCAGAGCUUCUCCGGACUCCAUCUCCCUAUGUGGUGGAUUCAGACCUUGAAUCAGAACCUGAGAAGACAGGGAUGGAUUUCCCAUCUGCUGACCAGGAAGAACUGAUGAGCACUGGCACGUCUUCGUUUACUUCAUUUAAUGCCAUCAGAGAUUUGGGGACAUUAGAACAGUUUGUGCCGCACUCGGUUGGGGCUAGUUUUUUACCAGAAGGAAACGUACCCAGCCAGCAUUGUUGCUAUGGUAACGAGGUGCCGAGUGACAGCGGAACCCCAGUGAAAAAUAAAAAAGAUGAGAUGGAGCGACACAUCACGUCGACACCGGUUGCCCAGAGGUACUUGAAGGAUUAUAUUUCUUUACAACCCAGCAAUGAAAUUACCGAGGGAAGCUACUCUGGAAGCUGCUACCACAGGGAUGGCUCGAGACUCUGUAUUGUAUUUCAGGUUAAGUGUCUCCACUUGCAAGAUGGAGGAAAGUUGUAUUGUGUAUGGGUUGUCCGAGAUCACAUUCAGAGUCAGAGGGAAGCUGCGCUGAAGUCUUUCUUAAUGUCCACUCUCAACAGUACUUCCAUGUCUGCAGACCACUCUGGUGUCAGCCUCGGAGAGGCUAUCAUGGAGACCGCCAGGUCAAAUGGCAUGAAGUUUUCUGAGGAUCUGGAGACAAUAAAAGCUUUCGAAGGAGAAUACUCCAAUCACUACAGCACAGUCAGCCCAUUAGGAAAAGGGGCAUUUGGGUUUGUGUGGACUGCCAUCCAAAAGGAUACAAACAAAGAGGUUGUUGUGAAAUUUAUUAGGAAGCAGAAGAUCACUGAGGACUGCUGGAUGGAUGAUGUAGACCUUGGUAGAGUCAGCCAGGAGAUUGCAAUCCUCACGAGGCUCAAUCAUCCCAACAUAAUCAAAGUCAUCAGUGUCUUUGAGAACAUGGAUUUCUUUCAGCUUGUGAUGGAGAAGCAUGGAGUUGGAUUGGAUCUCUUUGAAUUCAUUGACCGACAGCCAGACCUGGAUGAACCACUCGCGAGUUACAUCUUCAGACAGAUUGUAGCUGCAGUGGAUUAUCUGCACAGUAACAACAUAUUGCACCGGGACAUCAAGGAUGAGAAUGUCAUUAUUGAUGAGGAUUUCACCAUCAAACUUAUUGAUUUUGGCUCAGCUGUAACGUUGGAGCCUGGGAAAGUUUUCCACAUGUUUUAUGGAACAAUUGAAUACUGCUCCCCAGAGGUGUUGCUGGGAAAUCCGUAUUGUGGUCCUGAGCUAGAAAUGUGGUCCUUGGGAGUGACUUUAUACACCCUGGUGUUUGCGGAGAAUCCAUUCUGUGAUGUGGAAGAGACUGUGGCAGCCGUGCUGAAGCCACCAUUCCCAGUGUCCGAUGAGUUUAUGAGCUUGGUGUCACAGAUGCUGCAGCUUGACCCUCAACUUCGCCUGACCCUGGAUGAACUGCUGCAAAACCCGUGGGUGACACAGCCGAUCAACCUGGGCCUGUACACCUGGGAGGAAGUGUACCUCACAAAAGAAAGAUCAUCCAUAAACUGCUCUGCUGUGACCGGAGAGGAGAACGAUGAAAUAAUUUCUCACCUGAAGCCUAAAGGCGGUCAGGGUGAAGGUUGUGCUGAUGGAAAUGGAUGCAGUGCUAAUCACACCGAGGAUAACCGUGCAUACAGUGACCCCUACGGAAGUGAUUAGGCAACCACAGAUUCUGAAAUGUUGGGCCUCUCUCAGAGAUCCAGAUUCUUCUUGAAGAAUAAAAAAGACAGUUAGGAUGUUUUUAAUAAUCCAAUACAGGAUAACAUCUGUUUUUAUUUAAAUUAUAUAUUUUUUUUCUCUCUCACUGUGCACUCCUGUGCUGUGCUAGUUGUCUAUAUGCCAGGAAUCAAUAGUUUCAGCAGCUAGCUAUUGUGGCCAUUCCAUAGAUGUGAACCAAGACAGCAAAUAUCAGUUGUCCUGCCAAUCCCAGAUCUGUAUGUUGCAAUUGCAUGUUCCCUGUGGGGAUGGGGCAGUUUAGAGCCCGAACCUUGUCUGAUUGUUAACUCUAGGGAUUCUCUUGAGUAGCUCUGGAAAUCUCGUGACACUGUCUUCAUUUGUAUGUCAUCAGAUGGGACAGGUGGGGUUAACCCCUUACAUCCUCUACAUGUUAUAAUUACUAUGAGAGGCUACGCCAAUGCACUGUAUGGAAUAUGCAGUCAACUCACCCCUAUGAGUGUGAAUAAGGCUACUGCUUUGAAUAAGCACAUCUCACUUAACAGUGGCCACGGCUGGUCAUCUGAAUACGCCUUGAGAGGAUGGUAGAAAUCGCAAGCCUGACUUUGUGUACUCUAGUCACAUGCCUUACACCGACAAAGUCCUAAAAGGGUGAGUGAGACCAAGAGGUGCUUGGAAUGCCUGGCACCCACACUGUUGCAGAUAUUUGGAAGGUGAGGAGAUUAUCUCAAAGUUCUGCUUAUGGUGGAUAUUUGGAAUAUUGUGAUAAAGAGGCUAACCACCUCGUGGUGAAUAGCUGCUGAUAAUGUAUAGCUCUUAAGGGGAUAAUAUGCAGCUUCAAGAGCUGAGGCCGUAGGUUCCUCGUUUUACUAAAACAUUUAAAAAUUCAAUAUGCUUUACACCCCCAGUAGCACUGUAUUAAUACAAUAUAUGACACUCCUGUAUAUAUUGCAUUGUGUGCUGUUACAUAAGACAUUCCUGUUUUGACCAUUUAUCAUGGCUGGAAGUUUUAACAAAAUCUUUUUAGGGACAAAGAAAGUUAAUUUACAGAGUUGCUUGACCCUAUUUCUGACUCUUUAGAUUCCUUUAUAUUUAUUUGGCUCUAUGAGACAACCUUUGGCAUGAAAUACUAUUAGUUGUUACUUCAGGUAAAUUGUAACAUGGCUGUUCUCAGUAGGAACAUAAUUUACCGAUUUCAGUGUAAUUGCUAAAAGGAAAAAUGUGAGUUGCCCAGUGUCAAAAAACCUCCAAAUUGUGGAACAGCAAUUCCAACCUCGUAAUUCUCAAGCUGCUUACUGUAUUUUUCUCCAUUUGUAGCCCAGAAUCUUUGCCAGCUUCAGAAUGUCUGUCUUUAAAGUAGGUUCUGCAAGCCAGCCUUGUAUUGCUAAACGCCCUGCAAUGGAGUCCCACAGCUGCCUUGUCAAAGAAUCUGCAAACACAUGUGAAUCGAGUGCAUGUGAUGGUAAAGUGUAGUGAUUUAGAUAAGGCAAAAGAUUGUUGGGUCGUUUGGUUAAGGUUUUUUUAGAAUUUUUUUGGGUUGGUGCAAGGGUUAAUUAGAGAGUUACCUUUACAUAGAAGAGGAAGAUCAUUUCAGCAUGAAGGGUAACUGAUGCACCACCUUACCACAUGAAGUUUCAGCGCUUUGGGACGUCCUCCUGACAUGAAAGGCGCCAUACAAGUUUGAUUUGUUGUUUUGUUGAAGUUUACCUAAAAUCAGCACUAGUUCAAGUUGUGACACGGCAUUGUCCUACCACCUGGUGGAAUAAUGUGUUUUCUUGAUGAA